CUUUAUUCACUCGCCCUAGGUUUCCAAUCACAGGAUGCUUCCGCCCCGCUUCCCUCCCCUACUCCCCCACCUCUCCCACCCUUUUUAUAUCAGCUCGCUCCUCAGCACCAGCAUACAUACCUACUAGUCUACUACCCCUUCACCUACCUUCACCUGGCAACUGGCAUUGGUCCCGUAUAGUGCCUUGCUGUCAGUUGCAUGGACGGGCUGACGGACGAGCAGAGGCUCGCGUUCCAGGAGGCCUUCUCGCUCUUCGACAAGAACGGCGACGGAUGCAUCACCAUGGAAGAGCUGGCCGCAGUCACCCGUUCCCUCGGUCUCGACCCGAGCGAUCAGGAGCUCAAUGAUAUGAUGAGCGAGGUCGAUACGGACGGCAAUGGGAUCAUCGAUUUCCAGGAGUUCUUAAGCCUCAUUGCCCGGAAGAUGAAGGAUGGCGACGGCGACGAAGAGCUCAAGGAAGCCUUUGAGGUCCUGGACAAAGACCAGAACGGCUUCAUCUCCCCGGUUGAGCUGAGGACGGUGAUGACCAGUCUCGGGGAGAAGAUGACCGACGAGGAGGUUGAACAGAUGAUCAGGGAAGCAGACACCGACGGUGACGGUCAGGUGAACUACGAUGAGUUCGUUCUCAUGAUGAAGAACGCUGAGCGGAAAAUAUCUGGGUGAAGGGCGCGAUGUGGUGUGGAACUAGUAGUCGUCUUGGUUGGAUUCUUCUGUCAGAAAUCUACUACUGUAAAUUGCAAUUGUAUGCUUAGUACUAUGAUCGUGUUAUUCGAAGUGUUGGAGGUUGGAAAAGUGAUCUCACGCUCAUUAACGGGUGGCCAACGGCCUUAUGUAUACGAUGAAUAUUUAGAUAGGUGGCUUUUAUUUUGUUACGAUAAAUAGCAGGAGGAAGAUCCAUUGACGACCUCUA